AGAAUGUAAUUGUUCUACACAAAAAAGCUGGAGAAACUCAGCGGAACAGAAUGUCGUUGUUCUGUUCCCGGUGUGAAUGACAAUUAAAGACUCGACUGCUUGGAGCCCAGAGUGCCGGCGGCCACGGGUCGGGGACGUACAGAGAGGGGAGGGCAAGUCUGGCAGUCCCAGUGACAUCUGAUGCAGCGGGAGAAGGGGAGAGGGGGGAUCGGGUUACUGCAACAGCGGCCCCGGGUUACCGGACCCGCCGGCUAUAAGUGUCGGGCUGUUGCCCGAGCGGGGAGCACAAGAUGCCGCGGGCAGCGGGGAGCGGGGAGCAGCCAGCCGGAGCUCAGUGCCCGGAGCACGGCGAGGAGGUAGAGCUGUACUGUACCCAGGACAAGAAGCCCCUGUGCCGACUGUGUGUGGAGGGCGGCCGGCACAGGGGCCACUCCAUCAGCCCCGUCAAUGAGUCCAUCCGCGUCUACCAGAAUGAAUUGAAGACCACUCUUGACAGCCUGAAGGAGAGGAAGGCAGUGUUUACUGUGAUUAUGGACAAUCAGCAGCGCAAGAUCUCAGCACUCAAGGGCACGGUGGAGAGCUUGGGCCGCCAGGUGACGGAGGAUUUUGCAGCCAUGAGGCGGUUGUUGGACGAGAGGGAGCGGGCAGUGCGGAGGGAGCUGGCAGUGUACGUGGGCAGCCUGGUGCAGCCGCUGGAGGGGAACCUGCGGGUGAUUCAGCGGGCACUCAUCACCGUGCAGAAGGACAUCAUCCAGUGCCAGGCCGUGGUCAACCAGUGGGACAGUCUGCGCUUCCUACAGGAGUUCAAUUGGCUGAGAGAAAGGCCCCGCGAGGAGGUUCACUGUCCGGCUGCCAUCUCUGCCCAGCCGUGCCUGGGCCUCUUCAGAGGGCCGCUGCAGUACCGUGUGUGGAAGGAGAUGAGGAGCUGCAUCAGCCCAGUGCCAGCGUCGCUGAGCUUGGACCCGGACACCGCCAACGCCUGGCUGGAACUGCGGGCGGAUCUUGCGGCUGCCGGCCUGGGCGACAACUGCCGCCCUCUGCCCACCAACCCGCGGCGAUUCGACCCUUCACCGUGCGUGCUGGCCAGCGAGGGCAUGGAGGGCGGCCGCCACUACUGGGAGGUGGAGGUCGGGGACAAGACGGAGUGGGCGCUCGGGGUGGCGAGGGAGACGGCGGAGAGGAAGGGUCACCUCACCCUCUCCCCCCAGGACGGCUACUGGGCCGUGUGGCUACGCCGGGGCGUGGAUUACCGGGCGCUCACCUCGCCCCCAACCCGCCUGCUCCCCGCCCUCCGCCCUUCCCGGCUGGGCGUGUACGUGGACUACGAGGCCGGGCAGGUGUCCUUCUACAAUGCUCGCGACAUGUCCCACCUCUACACCUUCUCCGCUGCCUUCACCGAGAAGAUCUACCCCUUCUUUAGCCCGGGGAUCCGGGACGGGGGUGAGAACCGGGCCCCGCUCACCCUGUUCCACCUGCGGCUGUAGACUGUCUCUUCCACCCGGCCUGGCCCAGCCUGGCCCGGGACACCGGUCUACAAGGCGGCUUCCUCCCUGUGAGACAGGGGAUGCAUUGUGUUAGCAAUGGUUUAUAGACGGGGGAUGUGUUAGCAUUGGUUUAUAGACGGGGGAUGCAUUGGGUUGAGAAGGAGUUUCUUCCCAGAGGCAAUUCGGACUGUAAAUGCCUAUCUCACCAGGGACUAACUCUACUGAACGUUUUUCCUUCCAUUAUUUAUUAUGUAAAAGAAUAUGUGUGUUAUGAUUGUGUUUAUAAUUUGUUUGGUUGUUUUGUUGUUUGUCUUUUGCACAAAAGUCCGCGAGCAUUGCCACUUUCAUUUCACUGCACAUCUCGUAUGUGUAUGGACAAAUAAACUUGAC